AUGUGGAGGCGAAUGGUAUUUCUGCCAUCAGCUCAGCUGCAAACCCUUGCCUCAUCAUCAGCCUCAUGGAGAUCCUCAUGCCUCAAACUCAGCUUUCAACCCCUCAUCUCUUCAUCUUCCUCUUCAAUGAUGCCAUGUCAGAGAUGCGCUGCUCUCUCCUCAUCCCGCGCCACCUUCACUUCCUCUUCCAGUGCAUCUGCCUUUGCUACAGGUCACGAGCACGAUGACAUUGAGGCUGAGAAUGAGUUGCAACAGAAACUAAAUGGGGCUCGUGCAGAUGGUUCAAGGGAUCCCCAGCAGAGCUCAAAUCAGUAUAAUCAGAGUUACAAUGGGGUUUUCUGGAGAAACACAGGCAACAUGAAUAACGUAGUUCAACAAGAUGGAAAUUUUAGUGGGCAUUAUCGGCAAGAAAAUGGAGGGCUGCUGCAGACCCCUAAACUGGAUGGGAGAAAUUUAGGAAAUGGAAGUAUAGAGAAUCCGUGUGCAUCUUGGCAGGAGGGAUCCAUAGAAGUCAGACAGAACUCAAAUGCUUUUGGUUUACAAGGCAAUUUAGGGUCUCAGGGAAACCAAAAUCAGAAUUAUAUCCAACAUUUUGCACAAAAUCAGCAAAAUUUAAAUGGUUACUACACAAGGAAUGACGUGAUGCAUCAUCAGAACUCUAGUUAUGGACAGUAUCAGCAGAACCCUAUUUGUGGACAAUAUCAACAGAACCCUAUUUAUGGACAAAAUCAGCCGAAUCCUAGUUAUGGAAAAUAUCAUCAAGCCCCUAGUUGUGGACAAUAUCAGCAAGGCCCUACAAGUUAUGGGCAGCAAAGCCAACAUGUUGGACAAUAUCAAACAAAUCCGGAUCCUUUUCAAAAUACAAUAGUGGAUUCUCAAGUAGCAAUUGAGUCUAAAUCUGAAAGAAAGCUUAUUGAGGCUUCUGAAAGUAGCCCAUAUAGUGGUACUCUUGAAGAGUUGGAUAAGUUUUGCAAGGAGGGCAAAGUGAAGGAGGCUGUGGAGAUCUUGGGUAUGCUAGAGAAGCAACAGGUUCAGGUGGAUUUGCAUCUAUAUUUUCAGUUAAUGCAGGCAUGCGGGGAGGCUAAAGCUCUAGAAGAAGCAAAAUUUGUUCACGAAAACAUUACAAGAUUACUGUCUCCCUUAAAUGUGAGUACAUACAACAGAAUUUUGGAGAUGUAUUCCAAGUGUGGUUCUAUGGACAGUGCAUUUAUGGUUUUCAACAAGAUGCCAAACCGCAAUUUGACAUCUUGGGACAUUAUGAUAACAUGGCUUGCUAAGAAUGGCCUUGGGGAAGAUGCCAUUGAUUUAUUUACUGAGUUCAAGAAAGCAGGUCUGGAACCUGAUGGCCAAAUGUUUAUUGGUGUUUUCUAUGCCUGUGGUGUAUUGGGAGAUACUACAGAAGGACUGCUGCAUUUUGAAUCAAUGAGCAAAGAUUAUGGCAUUGUCCCCAGUAUGGAUCAUUAUGUGAGUGUAGUAGAUAUGCUAGGAAGUACAGGCUAUCUGGAAGAAGCUUUGGAGUUCAUUGAAAAGAUGCCAUUGGAACCUAAUGUCGAUGUUUGGAAGACCUUGAUGAAUCUCUGCAGAGUUCAUGGGCAGUUGGAGCUCGGGGAUCGGUGUGCUGAGCUUGUUGAGCAGCUAGAUGCCUCCAGCUUAAAUGAGCAAUCAAAGGCUGGCCUUGUUCCUGUAAAAGAUUCAGACCUUGUAAAGGAGAAAGAGAAGAAAAAAUUAGCAGCACAAAAUCUUUUAGAAGUCAGGAGCCGAGUCCAUGAAUAUCGAGCAGGAGAUACAUCUCAUCCUGAGAAUGAUAAGAUUUAUGCUCAACUUAGGGGUUUAAGGGAACAAAUGAAGGAGGCUGGUUACAUUCCAGAGACUAGAUUCGUGUUACAUGACAUAGAUCAGGAAGGCAAGGAAGAUGCACUGCUUGCCCAUAGUGAGAGACUUGCUGUUGCUUAUGCCCUCCUCAGCAGCCCAGCUCGUUCACCUGUUAGGGUAAUCAAGAAUCUUCGUGUUUGUGGUGAUUGCCAUAAUGCAUUGAAGAUCAUCUCAAAAAUUGUAGGCAGAGAACUCAUCAUGAGAGAUGCUAAGAGAUUCCACCAUUUCAAAGAUGGCUUGUGCUCUUGUCGAGAUUAUUGGUGA